CGAGCUAAGCGCACAAAGCUACAUGUAUACGACAAACGAACCUAUAUUCACAGCUUGUUGGGUUGUAAGGUUGCUUCGACUUACCCGGUCUUCGCAUGCUGAGGCAGGUGUUGCGCUUUUCCAUUGCAACAGUGACAUUGUAUAGAUAUAUCUUAUUCCUCCUCGCAGUUAAACUCCUUGCCCACUCUCUCAUUGCUGCUGGGAGUCUUCACCCUGCGCAUACCCACAUAUGGGCCCUCUUGGGAGAAACGUUUCGAAUGCCCUUCUUCGACACCACUCAACACCUGCGCAUGUACGGCAGCAUUGCGUCGUGCAACACCGAGUAUCGACAGAUAUCCACCAACACCGUUCGGGGUACUCUGCACAUCUUCUCUGUCCUCCACAUUGUCAAUCGAUAGGUGUUCAAUUAGCAUGGCACAUCAAGGACAACCCUUGGUGACAUGACACACCA